AUCCUUUUCACCAAGACCAUCACCAACACAACGUAACUUCGUGCCUCCACCACCAACACCCUGAUCUCAAGGGACUUAAGUUCAUCGCUAAGGGUGGCGGCGGUGGUGGUGGCGGCGGUGUCGGUGGUGCAGGGUGGCAUGAAGUGGAGAAGCAGUUUGAUGUUCUUACUACUUCAACUGAUGGAUGGCUUCAUCGUUCUCUCUUUGGAAAAUGUAUAGGAGGAGGGAUAUUCAUGGGGAUUCAAUUAACAAGGCUCAAUUGAAGGACUUUUGGGACCAGAUUUCUGACCAGAGUUUUGAUUCCAGGCUCAGAACCGUCUUUGACAUGGUUGAUAAAGAUGCAGAUGGAAGAAUCACCAAGGAAGAAAUUAAAGAGACCAUCUGCCUUAGUGCCACAACAAACAAACUCUCAAACAUACAGCAGCAGGCUAAAGAAUAUGCAGCUUUGAUCAUGGAAGAACUAGACCCUGAAGAGAUAGGAUUUAUCAUGGUAUUUACAUCAUCCUAUUUCAGAUCGUUUUGGUAUAAACUGUUUAUCAUUGUGGUUUAG